ACCUAUUUGCGAAGAAGCGCUAUAAUUUAUAAACACCGUAAACGUGGCUGGUUAUCUGUUGAAUACAAAUGCCGAUAUCAUGGUAUAUUUGUGUGUUAUUAGCGCUAAACUCAGAUAAGGUGACUCAAGUCUCGGUCGUUCAGGUGUUACGUUCGCGUUUCGUUCGCGCACAUCGUCCAAUUGCGCUAUAGCAUUUGUAUUGUCGCGUUUACAUUACACGCAUUAAUAUUAACGGGUCAUAUGAUAUUACCUUUUAUUGCUUACCACUAUCGCGAAUAUCGCCGUCAGUGCAUGUGAUUACAGAAAACCUUUUUUGUGUCACCCGUUAGCACAGCGCCAGUGCUGCAUUUGCGUAAGCCGACGAUGGACGGGCCCGGUAUGAGCGGCCGUACGUGAAAUGGUCAUCAUCGGAUGGGCGUUUGUGUUGAUGGCGGCCGCCCUUCAGGGGUGGUCGUCCGCAGUGGACGCGGCCAACGUCGAAAUUGGCCGCGGAGUGGACGUUCUUCAGAGGAUCAGCAUCAUCGGGGAUAUGCUCUUCGGAGGUGCUCCCAACAAUAAAGACAUGAUUACUCACGAUAUUCUUUCCAACGCCAAUAGUAUAACAGAUGUAGUUAACAUUACGAACCAACCGAAGGAGUUAAACAUAACUUUUUGUCCAGAUUUGGACAGCUUAUUUGACGCAUAUUUCAAUGGAUUUCGGGUCGAUUUAUCUGAAACGCCAUGGAAACUAUUGACAGCCAGCUGGUCGCGUUACACGAUUUCUGAACGUUUUGGUGUAUCAGAUAUGUCAUUGUCGCCGAAUUACCAAUUUGUGCUCGUGUCUUACACACGUCCCAUAAAAAUGUAUAAAACUGUCAAAAACUUGACGCGAUUGGCAGAUUUGAAGUCGUCGGUUGUAGAAAAGUUUAAGUCUAUAACGAGCGACGUUGAAUCCAAAGUGACAGAUUUUGUUGCAGAGUACGGUUCACACUAUGUUGAUGAAUAUAUUGUUGGUGAUGCGGUUUUUCAGGUGUUCACGUAUCUUCCAGUUUUCUACACAAAAUUCCAAAAGUGCUUUUAUAGCAACUAUUGUUCCGAUACUGAACAAUCUGUAUUUUUAUCACCAGUUUUUGCCGAAUAUGUUGGUCAAGUAAUGACAAUUGGAAAUAAAGGCGAAGUAGAAAAAUGGGCAGAUACGAAUUUAUCUUCAAAAUCUAGAAUCGGUGGCAUGUACACAAGCUUGUUUAUGAUGAAAAUUAACCCGAGGCUAUUUAACGAAAUAGCUCCAUUAAUGGACGACCAAUCAGUGCUUGAAAUGCACCUCAAAACCAUUUCAAUAUUUCUUAAUGAUACUGUAACUAAAAAGUGGUUCGCCGAAGUUCUUGACAAUCACGUAAAACUUCGGGAAAUCAAUCUAUAAAGCCGGAAUAUAAAAUGAUGUUAUUAAAUGGACUUAAUAAGUUACCUAUUUAUAAAAGAACAUUUGACAUAUAAAACAAAUUUUAAAUUCUAAUGCUUAUUAAAAUAUUAUUGAUAAUAUCAUACAUUAAUGAUAUCUGUAAUAGAAAUUAAUAGUUGUAUAUGUAUAUAUAUAUAUAACCUUUACAUAAAGAUAAUAUGUAAAGGAAUGUAUAUCUUAAGUUAAUAAUUGUGUAUCGUAGUUUUUUUAUUGUAUAUUUUUAAUUUUUUUCUUAGUUAUAAACAAGACAAUGAUGGUGAAUAUUCAAAUAUUUGUAGCUAAAGAAAUUCUAUAUAUUUAUUUUUGUUUGGAACUAAAAGUACCUAUUGUAACACGAUUAUGUAAAUAAUUUAGGUAAUCAUUAACUAGAGCUAAUUACUAUCUUUUAAUUUUAUAUUACAGAUUUUAUUAUUUUAAAGUCAUUUUUUAUCGUGAUGUUCAAUAUUUUGUAAAAAAUGUAUAAUAAAAUGUUUAUAUUUUACCGAG